AUGGGGAUCUUAGACUUCUUGGUGCGUAUCCGCCGCAUCAGGAGACCGGCUGGCGUUUUAAUCCUAGGUCUCGACAACGCUGGCAAGACAAGCAUUCUGCGUCAGCUCAGCGACGAGGACGUCUCUAACGUUGCACCCACGCAGGGAUUUCAGAUUAAGAAGCUCGUCUCCGGCGGGAUCAAGCUUAACGUGUGGGAUAUGGGAGGUCAGCGUGCGGCGCGCUACUACUGGCGUCAGUACUUUAAACAAGCCGACAUCAUCAUCUACGUUGUGGAUGCGGCCAAUCCCCGACGCAUCCACGAGGCACGCUGUGAGCUGGAGCACCUCCUCGAGGAGGAGAAGGUGGCUGGGGUGCCAAUGCUUUUCUUCGCGAACAAGCAGGAUCUACUUGGUGCGCUGUCGGUAGAAGAGAUUACUGUAGCGCUCAAUUUGACAGAUUUGCGAGACCGGCGCUGGCACAUUCAGGCGUGCUCAGCCAAGACAGGUGAGGGGCUGGAUGAGGGCAUCAGUUGGGCUGUGAAGCAGGUGAAGAAGUAA